AUGGCGAUGGCAUGGCCCACUAGGGCGGUAGUGCACUUGCGGCAGGCGACGCAGGGCUCCGGGGCUGCCAUGCGCAUAUCGACGGGGGUCGGCGGUGGGUCGGUGAACCGACAGAGAGCAGCAUCUGACCGUUGGAUGCGACGAAGUCCUCGAAAACCAGAGUUCGACGAGCCCACUCCGGGUGUCACCCUAAUUUUACCCCACAAACGCAGGCAAUAUCUGCCAAAUGGCGAGGAGCAUCAACGCAUCAGGUUCUCUAACACGCCCUGUCCAGCCUCCGGGCAGUGGGGUUCCGGCAAUGUCCUGCCCAGUCUGCCACACUGCAGCGCGCUGCAGCUUGCAGCAUCUGAUAACGGCACGGCCUCCUGCCCACGUGAGGUAGAUAGGCGAAUACUCAACCGAGGUCGCUUAGACAAGAGCGGGAGGCGGGUGGCAGACGCGGGCUGGUGGCGUGAAACGUUGGACAAUGAUGACGACAAAAGGGAGUCAAGGCAGACAUUCAUGAUAAGAACUUUCAUGAAGGGCGUGUUCCAACUAAAACACCGACAGCCACCACCGACAGGUCAAACCAAGCAUGCAGGCAAUGGCAGUUGA